UUAAAGUGUUACUGUUUUUUACAGAAGUACACUGAAUAGUAAAAUAUUGACAGCAUGGAUCCUAAACCCAACUCUAUGGCCAGUUCCUCACAGUUUCAACCACUUGACAAACAAUAAGUGCUGGAUUCUUUAUCCUCCAAUAUAACACAAAACAAGAACAUGUGGCACAAUGAAUCCUUAAAGUCCAUGUGUUCACAACAAGCAACGGACAAGACCCAAAGUAUGAAUGAAUCAGAAUCCAGACUUCAUGCUCUGUCACAAGACACUCAACCCAAAAACAUCUACAAGGCUGAUCGAACCGUGACCGUCAGAUCCUCUUUAGGACUUGGUGUGUCAUGAAUUCAUUUUUUUGUAGUAUUAUCAUGUGAUGGUGUGGUGUCAUGUCUGAAAGUGCAUUGCACAACGUGCACAUUAUGCAGGCAGUGUAUCUGAGAGGUGGGUCAGUGUCUCACAACAUCAGUUUAAACAACAAGAACCUCCUCUGUCCCGUCACUUGUAUGAUUUUGAUAACUUGGACAUCUAUCGUUUGCUGUGAUCUUCUCCUGCACUAAAAUGGUUUUGCUAUUGAAGCCGUACAUCAGUGUCCUUCUGCUGCUUCAGUUCAGACAACAACUAUUGGCUCAAAACAGUGGACCUAAAGGAGAGAAGGGAGAUCGAGGAGUGCAGGGACCACCAGGUAACGCAGGACCAACUGGACCACGUGGACUCCCAGGAGACAAUGGAGACCCAGGGCAUCUUGGAGAUGACAUCACAUCUCUAAAAUCUGAGAUCCAGCAUAUAAACGCCAAGAUUGCAAUAAUGGAGAAACUUGCAAGUUUUGAUGCAUUCAGAAAGGUUGGACAGAAAUACUUUGUUUAUGAUGGCCUUUUAGAAAGUUUUGAUAAUGGGAUCAAAUGGUGCAAGGAAAUUGGUGGAACAAUUGCUUUGCCAAAAAAUGCUGAUGAAAACCGAGCGAUGUUAAGAUUAUCGGUAGCCAGUGGAUUAACUGGUCAUAAGCCAUAUGUUAGAGUCACAGACAGAGAUAAAGAAGGACAGUUUGUAGACAUUGAUGGAAAACCCUUGACUUUUACCAACUGGGGUUUAGAUCAACCUGAUAAUUAUAUGGGAGCACAAAACUGUGGUGCUCUCACAGUGGAUUCAGGUUUUUGGGAUGAUGUUGGUUGUUAUGAUCCGCAUCAUAUCAUAUGUGAAAUAGAAAUCAAGUAAUGUGUCUCAUUCGAGAUAUAAGUAACUAUACAAAUCUGUAGGAUUUAUACAUUAUUAGAAAUAUAAUAUUCACACAGAAUGCAUGUUAUCUGACUUUCAAAAAUAUAUUUACUAUUAAAGAACAUUACAUUUAAUUGUACAAAAACAAAUAAUAUCUCCUUUAUUUGUUUUAUCAUUGUGUUAUCAGUUUUAUUAAAUUAAUGUUAAUCAUGUCGGCCUGUAACCAUUGUGACAUUGUUAAACAGUGAACAUAAUAACAAACAUGCAAAAUGAGUGACAAAUUAAAUGAAAAAAACAUUUACGCUUUGA